GACUAUGACUCUAUAGAUCUACAGCAGCAGAAGAGGCAGCCAUUGGUAUCUUCUUUGGCUCAUAAUUUGGCCAAGCCACAACAAUUGAAGAGUAAGAAAGGAUCUUGAGACUUUUUUUGUCAAUAAAACCAAUUGCAGCACGAUGAAGCUUUCGAUUGUUCUUGCUUGCUUGGCAGUUGGUGGAGCCAAUGCUGCCUUUACCAUCCGGCCACCCGCCUUCACGGGCCACAAGGUUGCAUUGAACGUGGCCACUGGAACCAACGAUUUUGCCACCAAGUCCACCUCUACACGAAAAGUGACGCCAUCUGUCCCUGUCAACGAGGUGUCCAAGGCGGAACGUUCCAAGAUGGCGGAUCGUGUGAUUGACCCCGAUUACUCGCUGGCCGUGCAGGUUUUGUUGCUGGCUCCUUUGAUUGCCUGGUACCACCCAUCGUACAUGGCGGAUGGCAGUCCCUCUAUAAUUGGUGUCUUUGGCGCUUGCUUUCACGUUGUCUUUGCUGCUUUGCUUUGGGUCCAAACGCUCCGUGUUCGCUUGGUAUUUGAAAAGGAUGCCAUGGAAUUCUACAAUGUAAAGGGCCCACGGUGUGAUUUGGAAAAAGGGGCCAGGCUGGUGAGGAAGCCCAACAACUAUGUUUCCGGUACCCAAAACCGCUGGAACUAUGAUACGAUUACGAACUACGGAUUUUUCCCCUCGAUAGAUUUCCCGGUUAUUAUCUAUUUGAAAGAAACGGAGACCCCCAAGGAGCAGUGGAACAAGUGGUUUGCGGCUUUCGAUGGCAACAACGGUGCAGGCCAGCCCCAUUUCUUUCCAGGUAUCUGCAGUGCUCGUCAGAUCAGGACUGAAUUUGAAAAGCGAGGUAUCAAGCGCAAGCCUGUGCGCACGAUGAAAGACAUUGGUAAAGAUGGAAACUGAAGAGAUGAAGGGAAGAAAAGGAUAUAUCUACAUGUAUCAUGGUCAGUGCCUUUAAAGAAAAGAAUAGGUAUCACGGCCAAGCAAUGCAUUGAAAAUACUGGUAGCAACAACUAAAGAAAAAGAAAGAAGUAACUACCAGAAACCUUG